ACGUCGGUAGUUGUAAACAGAUAAACAAUCCCAUUCUUUCCUUAGAACACAGUCAAAUCUACCUUCAUCUUACAAACCUUAUUCUCCUUAAAAACCUUCAAUUAUCUUUUGAAAUUAUAACACAUUAUUAUCUGUAAAAAAACACACCAAAAAUGGAGUCAAUUAUUGCUGAGUUUGAAGGAAUUCUCUUAAAAAAUCCAGAUCCCUUUAGUUACUUCAUGUUAGUGGCAUUUGAAGCUUCUGGUCUUAUAAGAUUUGCUAUUUUACUAAUGUUAUGGCCAGUAAUUCGAGUUCUUGAAAUUUGUGGGAAAAGAAAUAAAGGGUUAAAGUUAAUGAUAUUUGUAGCUACUGCAGGUGUAAAAAUAUCUGAAAUUGAAGCUGUGGCUAGAGCUGUUUUACCUAAGUUUUAUUUUGAUGACAUUAAUAUGGAUUGUUGGAGUAUUUUUAGCUCUUUUGAUAAGAGAAUUGUGGUGACAAAAAUUCCAAGAAUUAUGGUUGAGAGAUUUGUGAAAGAGCAUUUGAAAGCUGAUUAUGUUAUUGGGAGUGAACUUGUUGUUAAUAAAUCUGGUUUAGCUACUGGAUUUAUUAAGGAUGAUUUUGACUUGAUUAAGGAAAAAGUUACUGAAUUAUUUGGUGGUGAACAACCUAGCUUAGGCCUUGGAAGGCCUCAAUCAGUUGUUUCUUCAUUUCUUUCUCAAUGCAAGGAACAAUUAAAUCCACCAUUUAUGAGCAGCAAAAAUCAAGAUCACCAACUUAUCAAACCAUUACCAGUAAUUUUCCAUGAUGGUCGUUUAGGCAAACGUCCAACACCAUCUACAUCUCUUUUAAUCCUUUUAUGGCUUCCCUUUGGUAUAAUAAUAGCAACAAUACGUAUUUUAGUAGGGUUAAUGCUUCCAUUAUCCCUCAUACCAUAUCUAGCUCCAUUAUUCGGUGGUAAAGUCAUCGUCAAAGGCAAACCACCACCACCAGCCUCCACCACUAACUCGGGCGUGCUUUUCGUGUGCACUCAUCGAACCCUACUGGAUCCGGUUGUCCUAUCCACCGUACUUCAACGUAAAAUUCCGGCCGUGACAUACUCAAUCUCUCGAUUAUCGGAGAUUUUAUCGCCGAUACCGACCGUUCGAUUGACAAGAAUUCGGGAAGUAGAUGCACAAAAAAUCAAACGACAACUUGAGAAAGGAGAUUUGGUUGUUUGCCCUGAAGGAACAACAUGUAGGGAACCAUUUUUAUUAAGGUUUAGUGCACUUUUUGCAGAAUUAACCGAUCGGAUUGUGCCAGUGGCUAUGAAUUAUAGAGUAGGGUUUUUUCAUGCAACAACGGCUAGGGGAUGGAAAGCAAUGGACCCAAUUUUCUUCUUCAUGAACCCUAGGCCAGUGUAUGAGGUAACAUUCUUGAAUCAGCUACCAGCUGAAGCCACGUGUUCAUCUGGGAAAAGUCCACAUGAUGUUGCAAAUUAUGUUCAGAGGAUUUUAGCUGCAACAUUAGGGUUUGAGUGUACAGACUUUACAAGAAAGGACAAAUAUAGGGUUCUUGCUGGAAAUGAUGGAAUAGUUUCGCAAAAUUAUGGGACAAAUGGAGUUAAAAGUUUAAUGAACACGUUUAAGCAAGUGGUGGGCACUUUCAAUCCUUUUAUUCACUGAUACAAGUAAAGAUUAUGAGGGAUUUUUUUAGUGAUACGUUUCACAUACUAUAUUUUGUUUUUAUCCUAUCAUUGUAUAAAUUAAAUAGAAAAAAAUGAGACAGUAUUCUUUGUUUUAUAUACUUCUUUCAUUAUUUUUUUCA